AUGCCGCCUGAUCCGGCCGCCAUGUCCAAGGGCACGUGCCGUGUUGUUUCCGCAGGCGUUGACCUGCGAUCUGUCAAACUGUGCACCGUCAACGACACCUCCUCCUCCUCGUCGUCGCCCACCUGGUUACCAUCUUCGCCACACACGUGGCAAGCCCCUUCGCAACCCUCGCCACACCCCGCCUCUCGUCCGUUCGCCUCCUCCUCCCCUUACGCAACCCCUUCCCCUCCUUCCGCCUUCCCCAACCGCCCUUCGUCUGCGCACUCCUCCCCACCCUCCUGUCACUCCUCCUCCUCCUCCCCUUUUUCAUGCCCCUCCGCCUCGGCCUCCGCUUCCCCCCCCGCCUCAGCCUCCGCCUCCGCCUCCCCUCCCGCCAACCCCCCCUCCGCGCUCGCGUCCCUCUCCGCGUCGCUCCUCGCGCUCCUCCCGCACCCGCUGCUCUCCGCGCUGCCGCUCUCCCCGUCCGCCACGCGCUGCCACUUCACCUACUACUGGGCGGCGCUGAUUCAGCUGGACCUCAACGUCUCCUUCCACUCGCCGUCCAACACGUGGCGCUCGCUUCGUCAGCACAGGCAGCAGAAAAGUCAACGAGGUCAACACAGUCAAUCGAGUCAACGGAAUCAAGCGAGUCAACGCAGUCAACGGAGUCAACGCGGUCAAGGGGAGGAAGGGGAGGAAUGGGAGGAAGGAGAUCAUCAGGGGAGCAUCACGACGAUCCGAACCACCACGGCUCUCCCCGACCCGCUGUCCCUGUCUCUGCCGUCCUCCCAGUGCCGCCCGGAUUUCAAUGCGGCAUGGCGGGCCAAAGACAAAUACAAGGUGGCCUCUUUGCACAAGUGUCUGUACGACCCGCGCCAUCCCCACAGGGUGCACCUUCCCCCGCCGCGCUCCAUGCGCCAGUGCCCGCCCCCUCCGCGCCAGGGCAUAUUCAUGCACCUUGCUGCUACCGCCAUCACGAAAUGGUUCUUUUCAGACGAGUCCAUAUUCCAGCCGUCAUCAUCGAUGGGAAAGCUCUAUCUGGGCCUCAGCCUGGGCGUGCUGCUGGGAGUGCUGUGCUGUGUGGGCACGCACGUCUUUGGUCGCAUCGUCGUGGCUCUGGACUGCUUCCAACCCCCGGCCUCCUCCCUCUUCGUCUCUGCUAUCGAGGUGAGCCGUGGGCUGCGCAUCACUCUAGUCGGGAGGUACCACUCAGCAAUGAGCGAGGAGGUGGGAUCAGGGUCGGGGUCUCUCUCUGAAGAGCUGGAGGAGCUCGAUCUCUCGGAGAGCAUUCUCAGCUGCUUCUGCCCGUCUCUAGUCGACAGCCCUUUUCUGGCGAAGAAGCACCCUGAGAAUUCACCUGAGAGGUCACCUGAUCGCUACCGCAAGGCGGAUUUGUGCCGUUUGAAUGCGGGUGUAGCAGCAGGGGCGGAGGAUGUUGAGCCGCUCUCCCUGCUCCAGCUGGCGGGGCAGGCAGAGGGGCAGGCACAGGCACAGGCUCAUGCACAGGCAGAGGCAGAAGCAGAGGCCGAGGCAGGAGCAGGGAGACAGGCACGAUCGGAGCAUCCACAGGGUCUGCCUGCUGAUGCCUCACAGUCGCAACUGUUAGUGCACUCAGAAGAGGGCGGCUGCGGGCUGCUUGUGCGUCAAGAACAGGCCUUGCCUCAGGAGCAGCCGGUGAGGAAUCAGCAAACCCUCACCGGCAAGACCAUCACCCUUGAGGUCGAGAGCAGCGACACCAUCGACAAUGUUAAGGCCAAGAUCCAGGACAAGGAGGGGAUCCCUCCUGACCAGCAACGUCUGAUUUUCGCCGGCAAGCAAUUGGAGGAUGGCCGUACUCUUGCGGACUACAACAUCCAGAAAGAGUCUACUCUCCAUCUUGUGCUUCGGCUUCGUGGUGGCAUGCAAAUCUUCGUGAAGACUCUUACCGGGAAGACCAUCACCUUGGAGGUUGAGAGCAGCGACACCAUCGACAACGUGAAGGCGAAGAUCCAGGAUAAGGAGGGCAUCCCUCCUGACCAGCAGCGGCUGAUUUUCGCGGGUAAGCAGCUCGAGGAUGGUCGUACCCUUGCCGACUACAACAUCCAGAAGGAAUCGACUCUGCAUCUGGUGCUUCGUCUUCGCGGAGGCAUGCAGAUUUUUGUCAAGACUUUGACGGGAAAGACUAUCACGUUGGAGGUUGAGAGCAGCGACACCAUCGACAACGUGAAGGCGAAGAUCCAGGAUAAGGAGGGCAUCCCUCCUGACCAGCAGCGGCUGAUUUUCGCUGGCAAGCAGCUCGAGGACGGACGUACCUUGGCCGACUACAACAUCCAGAAGGAGUCUACCCUGCAUCUGGUGCUCCGUCUUCGCGGAGGCAUGCAGAUUUUUGUGAAGACGUUGACUGGGAAGACCAUCACCCUGGAGGUUGAGAGCAGCGACACCAUUGACAACGUGAAAGCGAAGAUUCAGGAUAAGGAGGGGAUUCCGCCUGACCAGCAGCGUCUGAUUUUCGCGGGCAAGCAGCUGGAGGAUGGCCGCACCUUGGCUGAUUACAACAUCCAGAAGGAAUCGACCCUCCAUCUGGUGCUUCGCCUCCGUGGUGGUAUGCAGAUUUUCGUCAAGACCCUCACGGGGAAAACCAUCACGCUCGAGGUUGAGAGCAGCGACACCAUUGAUAACGUAAAGGCUAAGAUCCAGGACAAGGAAGGCAUUCCUCCUGACCAGCAGCGUCUGAUCUUUGCUGGCAAGCAGCUUGAGGAUGGCCGUACCUUGGCCGAUUACAACAUCCAGAAGGAGUCGACUCUCCAUCUGGUGCUGCGCCUCCGUGGUGGUCAGUAG